CGUUGCCCCCACCAACUUCCGCAACACGCUUGGAGACGUAGACGCGUGCCGCCGAGGUCGUCGCCGCCGACGAGAGGGGAGCCAUUCCACGCGGAAUUGGUCGAUUAAAUAUCAGUCCGUAUUACCUGGGACGAUUGCUAUAUUGUUGGGACAGGUUCGGGGUCAGCAACACUGGAUCUCCCCCUUUGCGAUCUUCUCCUGUACGGUUCUGGUUGGAUUAGCUCGCGCGGCGUCGAGUGAUUCUCGAAGAGCUUGCAGGAGCUCUUCGCGUGGAAGCGGCGAAGUCUUUGAUCCAAUCAGCUUUGAUCGGAUUGGUGCGGAGAGAUGACGAUGGACGAGAAGGCGCAGAUGGAGAAGCUCUCGUCGGCGGCGGCGUUCGUGGAGGGCGGCGUCCAGGACGCCUGCGACGACGCCUGCAGCAUCUGCCUCGAGGCCUUCUCCGACAGCGACCCCUCCGCGGUGACCCGCUGCAAUCACGAGUUCCACCUCCAGUGCAUCCUUGAAUGGUGCCAGAGAAGCUCCCAGUGUCCCAUGUGUUGGCAGGCAAUCUGCAUGAAGGACCCUAUGAGCCAAGAGCUCCUUGAGGCUGUUGAACAAGAGAGGAAUUUGCAAGAAAACCGUGCACGCACAACAACAGUUGUUCGUCAUCCACUGCUCGGAGAUUUUGAGGUACCGGUUGGUGUGGAUGAUGCUGAAUUUGAGGAACGUAUUAUACAACAUCUGGCUGCUGCUUCUGCAAUUCGUAGGUCGCACCGGCAUGUUAGAAGAGAGGGUCGCCGCAGCAGAUCGGCAGCAUAUGGUCACCCACAAAUUCUAAUCUUUUCAAGUACCGAGGGCACUUCUGGCCAUUCCAUUUCUUCAAAUUCACGGCAAGAAGGGAAGAAUGAACAUUCUCCUGCUGUAAUUUCUGCUCGCCCAUUUCCUACUGUGGCUGCUACAGAAGAAACAGCUGCAGACACAUCUGUGCAUGAUACUACUUUGGUUAAUGCCCCUGCUGGGUCAAAUAAUAGGUAUUUCCUGCGGAAAAGAGUUUCUAGGAAUCAAUCUUCGCCUGUCAGCCAAGAUGGAGCUGGACCAUCUGACUUGCAGUCAUUCUCAGACACACUCAAAUCUCGCCUGCAAUCAGUUUCAACAAUGUACAAAGAUUCUAUAACAAAAAGUACACGUGGGUGGAAGGAAAGGUGGUUCACCCAGAAUAAUACUAUAUCAAAUCUUGGUUCGGAGGUGAGGAGGGAGGUCAAUGCUGGAAUUGCUGCUGUAUCUCGUAUGAUGGAGCGAUUGGAAACACGGGAUGGAACAGGACCAUCAUCUACUUCUCCAACCAAUAUCCAUUCUGCUUCAGAUACAAAUAAUCAAGGAGCUGUACCUUCAAAAAUUGCUACUGUUGUAAAUGACACCUCGUCUUCAGCAACUUGCGUGUCAAGAUCAGGUUCUCAAUGAGCCACUCUACAUCUGGUUAUGAAGUACGGUCCAGGAUGAGCCUGCCUGAUGCUUCAGAACAUCACCUUCAGUAGGCCGGGCUGUUGCUUCAGAAGUUCUCUGAAGCAUUCACGGAAAGACGAAGGAGACACCAUGCGUGCUUGUAGUUCUUGUUCAACGUUCACAUGUAUUGUAUCUUGUGCAAUAUUCGUAUGGAUGUAAUGAACUGGUUCGUUGCGAGAAUCUAUGUGCACAUGGUAACUCAACACUCA